GUUUCCGUUCCCGCAGCGAGCGGGCGGGCGGGCGAGCACACACCCUGUGGAAUGGUAGAGCGGAGGCAUCAUCGGAAGGCAACAUGCGCUAUUCUGGGGUAAAGCAGCCAUCCUGUCGGUAGAUUAGUAUAGUAUGCAGCAGUACGGACGCACCACGGGACGGACUGGGUAAGGACUUGCCUGAUGGUGGCGCCGGCGGCGGUGCUGCUGGUGGUGGUCGUGGUGGUGAUGGUAUUGGUGGUGGUAUUGGUCGUCGUCGUCGUCGGUUGUGCUGGUGCUGGUGCUGGGUGCUGGUGGCAUCAAACGGCAUCAGGCAGAAACAGGAAGCAGACAUUGCUCUGCGCAACAGAUGGGUACACGGGGAUCUGUGCCCCCAUGGACUCCUGGACUCCUGGACUACUGGACUACUGGACUCCUGGAGGCGUGUUUCCCACACUACGUUGCUCACUGAUAACUACUUACCCAGCUUCGAAAGAUCUUGAUUCUUCGGAUGAUAUCAUCCGGUCGAUCAAGUGGACGAUCGAGAGGAAGAUUAAGUGGGCGAUCGUCCCUUUCGCGAACUACCGAGUAAUGAUGCUAGUGACGAUGCUAGUGCUCAUGCUCGACAAUCGGCCAAAGAGGCUGUGA